AUUCCUUUCGAGCCCACAACGUUCAAAUUCGUUUGCUGCGCUCACGAGAGCGGACGUGCCGAGCGGAUAAAUCCGACAGAAGUCAGACAAAAGCCCCCAAAAGUCCCCAAAUCCAAGCCGUAUACAAAAAGCAAAAAGCAAACCUACAAAUCACUCUCGAAAUUAACUUGAAACAAAACCCAAAUUGAUAUCGCGUCUGUUGCUUGCGGUUGUGUUUCGUUUGCAUUUAAAUUAACGGCAAAACAACCUACGAUUUACGAAAUUGCAUAAAAAGAAAGCCAAUUAAAAGAAAAACUUGUGUCUGAGGAAAGUGUGACCCAACUAUAAAACAACCAAACAGAUCUAAUUAAAUCGAUCGAGAGAAAUGGAGAAAAACAACAAUAACCUUCCCGCCGAGGAUGAGCCACGUCUUGCCAACGGACACGCCCUCGCGAACGGCAACGGACUGGUCCACCCCAAGGAGGAGGCAGCUGCUCCUGCAGCCAGCGGGUGGGGUCAGGUCCUGUGGAAUACCUGGGAUGCCUUCGCGGACGUGGCCUGGUUCAUCAUCUGCUGCAUAGGAUACAUUCUACAGGAUCUCUACUACAUAGCCUUUGGCUAUCCCGAAAAGGAGCUCAGCACAGACGUUGCUCUGAUCACAGGUGGUGGCAAUGGACUCGGACGUCUGCUGGCCGAGAGACUGGGAAAGAUGGGAACCAAGGUCGUUAUCUGGGACAUCAACAAGAAGGGCAUUGCGGAAACCGUCGAAAUCGUCCAGGAGGCGGGCGGCUAUUGCAAGGGAUACGUGGUGGAUAUUUCCAAAAAGGAAGAGGUCUACAAGGCGGCCGAUGUCAUCAGGGAGGAAGUCGGUGAUGUCACUCUGCUGAUCAACAAUGCGGGCGUUGUAUCUGGACUGCAUCUUUUGGACACACCUGACCACCUGAUCGAGCGGUCGUUCAAUGUGAAUGUCAUGGCACACUUUUGGACGACAAAAGCGUUUCUGCCCAAAAUGAUUGAGAAUGAUCGAGGACACAUUGCCACGAUCGCCUCGCUGGCCGGCCAUGUGGGCAUUAGCAAAUUGGUCGAUUACUGUGCAAGUAAAUUCGCAGCGGUUGGCUUUGAUGAGGCUUUGAGGCUGGAGCUGGAAGUCCUUGGACAUACGAACAUCCAAACCACCUGCAUCUGCCCCUUCUUCAUCCAGGCCACUGGCAUGUUCGACGACGUGAACGCCAGAUGGGUCCCCACACUGAAUCCCAACGAUGUGGCCGAUCGUGUCAUUGCGGCCAUCAGGAAGAACGAGAAACUGGCCGUCAUACCCGGCUUCCUCAAGGUCCUCCUCUCCUUCAAGUGGACCUUCCCCUGGGGCUGUGUGGGCGGUUUGCUGAAGCGCCUGGUGCCCGACGCCUCCCCCCACGGCCUGCCCAGCUCCAUUGCCGCCCCGGUACCGCUGAACUCCAACGCCAAGUCGACGGCCGCCGAUAUUGCCGCGCUCGAUGCUGAGCUAAGUAGCGUUACCCUGCCGGCGAAGCCACCCUCGAUGCUCAUCCAAAGGACACCGUCGCUGGGGGAGCGCGUCCUUUGAGCGCCCAGCGAACUCCAUACCACCGCGCACCACCCCACACCGCACCACCACCCACUCCUGUUGUUACAUAUAUCCACAUUAUACCUUCUUUCCAACGUUGUGUGCAUUUUAUGAGCGUGGAGUUACGAGCAUGUGUAAUUGAAUUUCGUGUUUUUGGCAUUUUUCGCUGCGAGGAACCAUUUACUAAAUCUAAGCUACGAAUCUA